UGCGGAAGUCUCAACAUGGAGAACGUCGGAGAAGCUUCCACGAUUACGCUUUUAAAAGAGGGGUGCUACACUGAUUUCCUGGCGGAUAACUUCGAUGUGAAGACGUACACAGCUCAGGUUAUACACCAUGCUGUCAUCGCGGAGCAGUUGGCCAAGCUGGCUCAGGGCAUCAGUCAGCUGGACAAGGAACUGCACAGCCAGGUUGUGGCCAGACAUGAAGACUUACUGUCUCAAGCGACAGGAAUAGAGUCCCUCGAAGGGGUUCUCCAGAUGAUGCAGACAAGGAUUAGUGCUCUGCAGGCUGCUGUUGACAGGAUAAGGACGAAGAUUGUUGACCCAUACAACAAGAUUGUGGCAAGAAUCACCCAGCUGGCCAGACUGCAGAUGGCCUGUGACUUGCUCAGGAGGAUCAUUCGUAUUUUGUACCUGAGCAAGAGGCUCCAGGGUCAGCUCCAGGGGGGCAGCAGGGAGAUCACCAAGGCUGCUCAGAGCCUCAAUGAAUUGGACUAUCUGUCCCAGGGUGUGGAUCUGAGCGGCAUUGAAGUGAUUGAGAAUGACUUGCUGCUGAUCAGCAGAGCAAGGCUGGAGGUGGAGAACCAGGCAAAGAGACUUCUGGAGCAGGGCAUGGAGAUCCAGAAUCCAACCCAGGUGGGUAUGGCCCUGCAGGUCUUCUACAACCUGGGCAGUCUAAGUGCCACCAUUGGUUCUGUAGUGGGUGGCUACAGGAUGACAAUACACGACAACAUCACUCGUGCUUUGGACAUCAAGGGCCUGACACAGCCGACCAACACCAGAGGUGCACCGGGCAGAGCUGUGCUGCCCACACCAGGAAACACGGCAGCUUUUCGUGCUGCUCUUUGGACCAACCUGGAGAAAUUGAUGGACCAGAUAUGUGCUGCAUGCAGACAGGUGCAACAUUUGCAGAAGGUCCUGAUGAAAAAGAGGGACCCUGUGACUCAUGUGUGCUUCAUUGAUGAAAUCAUCAAGGAUGGAAAGCCUGAUAUCCUCUACACCUUCUGGAAUGAUGUAACCAAUACCCUUAGUGAGGAGUUGCACAGAGCAACUGAAGCAUCUUCCUUCCUAAAGCAGGCACUGGAAGGAGAGUAUCCCAAGCUGCUGCAACUCUACAACGAACUGUGGCGCCGCCUGCAGCAGUACAGCGCCAGCCUGCAGGGGGCGCUGACUAGCAGCGGAGGCAUAGACGCGUCCCUGGACAUCAGCGCCGCAGAGACAGAAAGCCAGGACCUGUUCACACAUGAACAACAGGACUACAACCCAGAGCAGGCUCUGAAGGACUCUCUACAGCCUUACGAGGCAGCCUACCUUUCCAAGUCCCUCUCUCGCCUGUUUGAUCCUAUCAACUUGGUGUUCCCCAUGGGGGGCCGCAACCCCCCCUCCAACGACGAGCUGGACAGCAUCAUCAAGACCAUCAGCAGUGAGCUGAAUGUGGCAUCAGUGGAUCCAAAACUCUCACUGGCUGUAUCCAAAAAUGCAGCCAAGACUGUCCAACUCUUCUGUGUCAAGUCGGAACAACUGCUGUGCACUCAGGGCGAGGCCAGUCAGGUGAUCGGCCCGUUGACAGAGGGCCAGAGGAGGAAUGUUACUGUGGUCAACUCCCUCUAUCGGCUGCAGCAGGCCAUUGCCAAGAUCAUCUCAGGAUCGGGCUCAUGUCCACCAGUGACUGCAGAGGCUUUCUCUUCUUCUUUGGAGGCCGUGCAAGUCUUGAUGGGCAGUGCAGUGCAGCCUCUCCUGCAGUCAGUGAGUGACUCCAUAGAGGCCAUCAUCAUCACGCUGCACCAGGAAGACUUUUCAGGGCCGCUGUCCUGCCCUGGUAAGCCAGAUGUUCCGUGCUCACUCUACAUGAAGGAGAUGCAGGGCUUCAUCUCUAGAGUGAUGGCCGACUACUUCAGACACUUCCACUGUGUGGACUUCAUCUAUGAGAGCACUGAGGCCCUCGCCCAGAGGGCCAUUGAGCUGUUCAUCCGCCACACCAGCCUGCUGCGCCCGCUGGGAGAGGGCGGCAAGAUGAGGCUGGCUGCUGACUUUGCCCAGAUGGAGUUGGCAGUGGCUCCACUGUGCAGAAGAGUAUCUGAUUUGGGGAAACCUUACAGGAUGCUGCGCUCUUUCAGGCCGCUGCUGUUUCAGAACAGCGAGCUGAUAGCCAGCAGUCCAGCUGUGGGUGACCUGAUCCCCUACAGCACCCUGCUGCAUUUCUUUUUUUGCAGAGCCCCAUCUGAGCUCAAGUCCCCUCACCAGCGGGCAGAGUGGUCCGUCGCCCGGUACUCCCAGUGGCUGGAUGAUCAUCCCUCUGAGAGAGACAGGCUCACUCUCAUCAGGGGGGCUCUGGAGGCCUAUGUGCAAUCAGUGAGGGCCCGCCAGGGGAAGGAGUUUGCUCCCAUCUAUCCCAUCAUGCUCCAGCUGUUACAAAGGGCCGCCAGCAACUCACAGGACAUCAGAGCCUGAGGAGGCCACAGGUGGUUCUCAGCAUGAAAUGCGUUUGGGGGGGUAGUGAUAAUGUGUAGUGAAUAAUGUAAUUGAAAUGCAUUGCCUGGUUUGUCUUCCUGAUUCUCACAUAGAUACAAUUAAAAGUGUAUUUUCCACAAUGUUUGAGCUAAAUAAUUUGAUUUAUUUUGUGUUCUCUAGACAUAGCUGUAAAUAACAGAUCAGCUCAUAGUUGUCAUUGAUGAGUCAUGAAAACAAACAGGAAAAUGUUUGCACCACAUUUAUUUGUACAGGACUUCAUUAGAAGCAAAAGUAUAGAUCUCACACAGACAGUUCAGAGCAUAUUCAAAUGGGCCAUUUCCAUUGGUUGGGAAGCGGCUCCUCAAUCAGGGGCUCCCAUGGUUUCCACUCUGACAUCUUUCUGGACAGAGCAAGCUCGCACUCGGCCUG